AUGGCCCACAGUGCCAGGACGGACUGCCCGGAGCUGCCCGACUUCUCUCUGCUGAAGAGGCUGGCCAGAGAUCAGCUCAUCUACCUGCUGGAGCAGCUGCCGGGGAAGAAGGACCUCUUCAUUGAGGCGGACCUGAUGAGCCCGCUGGACCGCAUCGCCAACGUGUCGACGCUGAAGCAACACGAAGUCGACAAACUCUACAAAGUGGAACACAAACCUGUCGUCAGCACCUCAGAUCAGCUCUGCUUUCUGAUCCGGCCGAGAAUACAAACUGUCAAAUGGAUCUGUGAUGUGGCCAAUGCAGACAAGGCAGCGGGACGAUUCAGAAGAUACAAGAUCAUCUUUACUCCCCGGAAGUUCUAUGCGUGCGAGGCGAUGCUGGAGGAGCAGGGCAUCUUCGGGGAGGUGACCACUGACGAGUGGUCCUUCUGUCUCCUUCCCCUCGACGACGACGUCAUCAGCAUGGAGCUGCCAGAGUUCUUUCGAGACAACUUCCUGGCGGGGGACCAGCGCUGGGUGAGGACAGCCGGCAGCGCGCUGCACCUCCUCCACUCCCUCUACGGCCCCUUCUCCAAGCUCUACGGGAUCGGCCGGUGUUCCAAGAUGGCGUACGAGUCGUGGAGGGAGCAGGUGGAGGAGGGCGAGCAGACCGCCCGUCGGGCGGAGAUAGGAAAGGUGUUCCUCAUCGACAGAGAUGUGGACUUCGUCACUCCGCUGUGCUCACAAGUCGUCUACGAGGGACUCGUGGACGACAUAUUUAGAAUCAAAUGCGGAUGCGUGGAGUUCGGACCUGACGUCACGUCGUCUGACAAAAGUCUGAAAGUCAUGUUGAACUCUCAGGAUAAGGUCUUCAACGAGAUCCGGAACGAGCACUUCUCCAACGUCUUCGGCUUCCUGAGUCAGAAGGCCAGGAACCUGCAGGGCGCGUACGACAAGCGCCGGGGGAUGGACAUCAAGCAGAUGAAGGCGUUCGUGUCGGAGGAGCUCAAAGGGCUGAAGCAGGAGCACCGGCUGCUGAGCAUGCACAUCGGGGCGAGUGAGUCCAUCAUGAAGAAGAAGACCAAGCAGGACUUCCAGGAGCUGCUGAAGACGGAACACUCUUUACUUGAAGGAUUUGAAAUCCGGGAGAGCAUUUCUUUCCUAGAGGAGCACAUCAGCCGACAGGUGUCCAUGAUGGAGAGUCUGAGGCUUCUUUGUCUUCUGUCCAUCACAGAAAACGGACUUCUGCCAAAGGAUUACCGCUCACUAAAAGCUCAGUAUCUGCAGAGCUACGGCGCGGACCACCUGCUGACCUUCUCCAACCUGCGGCAGGCGGGUCUGCUGGCGGAGCAGCCGGCGGGGGAGGCGCUGAGCGCCAUGGAGAGCAAAGUGGGGAAGCUGGUCAACGACAAAACCGCGGGUAAGCUGACCGAUGCCUUCUCGUCGCUGGCGAGGAAAAGCAACUUCAGAGCCCUCAGCCGGAAGCUCAACCUGGUGCCGAAGUCGGACGAGGAGUACGACCUGCGCGUCCCGCGGGACAUGGCCUACAUUUUCAGCGGCGCCUACGUGCUUUUGAGCUGCAAACUGGUGGAGCAGGUGCUGGAGCGGGACGGCUGGACCGGGAUGGACGAAGUCACCCGGCUGCUCAACGGACACGAGUUCGCCGUCACGGGCAGCAGCGGAGCGGACGCGAGGACGCAGGGCGACGCCCGGCGCGUCGUCCUUGUCAUGUUCCUCGGAGGCUGCACCUUCUCUGAGAUCUCCGCUCUGCGCUUCCUCGGCAGAGAGAAAGGUUACAAGUUCAUCGUGGUGACAACCGCCAUCACAAACAGCUCGAGACUCAUCGAGUCGUUGCUGGGCAACCAGAUAUGAACCUCGCUCCCGGAAACAACCCGGAAGGAGGGUAAAGAUGUAUAAAGUGAAUAAACGUUGCCAACACGCUGCCUGCUGGUUCACUUCAUUCAGGGCUUUGGUCUGGAAGUAGCCGUGAAGAGGAACUGGACUCUGAAUGUUUCUGAAGGAGCUUGAAUUGAAGGACAGGAAUGUGGUCAGAAGUGCGGAGCCGCAUUCUAUUCUUCUCAGUAUGUAACCCGUCCAGAUGUGUCCUAUAACGUCAUUACUCCAUUACACACGCGCGCUCCAGCUCCAUCUCAGGACUCACAUGGUCCAGGACGGAAAUGCCAAUCAAAGAGUUGGAGCUGGAAAAUGCAUCACCCUUAAAAGACAUUUUAUAGAUGCAAACAUAUAGUAGUGUAUGUGUAGGUUAUGGGGGUAGGGGGCGCCAUGGGGGCUUUAAGGGCCUUCAGACUUAAACUCUGUAAAUGUGACCUCAUUCUUAACUUUAAAUAACAUGUAUGUUACAAUAUGAUCACCAGUUUAUAAAAGAGAUCGAAUGAAUGCAACAUAUUCGUUAAUUAAGUAGCAAAAUAAAUCCAGAAACAUGCAUUAAUAAUAAAA